AUGUCUUCUUCAAUCGGCAAUUCGCCAGAGGCACUGGCGCCGCCGCCAAAACACCAGGCCUUAUAUUCGUCCGAAUCGUCCCCGAACAUCGCCGACUCAGAUUCCCCCUCACGCUACUCGUCCUUCUCGAGCUCCGACAGCGAUGACCCAGCCCAGCUGUCCGUCGCAGACGCCGACGAAGAUGCGGCUGGAGAUGUGGUUGGAGUCAGCAUUGGCCGCCAGCAAAGCCGCAUGAAAGCUCGCGCAACGCCGCUCGAAGAGAAGAACCGCGUGCUAGAACAACAUGGGGAAUAUUUCGUGACGAUCCCGGACACAGUCGGCGAAGACGGUCUCUUCGCAUCACAAAUUACCGCCGAGCCGGAGUCCGUAGAACCCGAGAUCAAACCCGAAGUCCAGCGAAAAGAACGCUUGAGUCCGCCUCUUCAGCCACAGCGCCGUGUCCCACAUGGUCCCCGCAGUGAUCUUUUUGCUCCCGGCGCGGGCAAACCCCCGGCUACGGAGUCAAAGGAUACAACUGUGAGCCACAGAUCUAGUUUUGUGGGCAAUUUGUUGAAAACGACAUUGCCUCGUCGGCCGCGCGCUUGGUCUGGGGAGCUGAAGAAGUUCUUGCCGGACUUGGCGUCGCUGAGGAAACGGCCGUCGCUCUCGUUCCGCGGCCCGAAUGGGCAGAAUCGGUCACGCAGUCAGACUGUCGCGCCUGCAAUCAAGAAGAAUUUGGAGCAGAAGAGAACAUCUUCGCUAGAUCGGCGCUCUCCGCCGUCCCCGCGGGGGUCGAGAGGAUCGAAUGGAUUUGGCCAUGACGAGGAUUCAGAGGCAAAUCAGGCCCUUUCGGAGCUGCGAUCGCCUGAUAGGACCUCGGCGGCGAAGCACUCUUUUGCGAGACGGCCCAGCACUGCUAUGCCAGGCCGGCCGCCGAGUUUGCGGAGGUCAUCCUCCGACCAGUCGCUAUACCUGCGUGCCUCGUCCACGGCAUCGUCCUUGGAACAGAGACCCCUAUACGAGAAUGUGCACUCCCAGGUGAACAGCAGGUUCAAGGCCAUCAAGGAUAGUCUCCAAGAUUCGAGUAGCAGGCUUCUCAGCAUCCCUAACCUCCACGAUAUUCGCACGGAUUGGGGUUCUCGUCAAUUUCUUCCAGAGCUUGGUAAUAGCUCACAUUCCACUUUCAAUGGCUGUGACAAUAAAGAAACGUCCCAACGGACUGCGAGCCCGCCACCUCCUCCGCGGAACAAUACCAAUUCAACACACCCCAUUUUGGAGGAAGCUAUGGCUGAGCUCACGGGUGAUGUUGUCAUCCUGGGAGGAUACCGAGGUUCAAUCCUGCGCUCAGCAAAACCGCCUCAACGACAACUCUGGGUUCCGAUGAAGGUUGGCCUAAAUUUGCGAAAGGUGGAUUUAGAAGUUGGUUUGGAGCCAGAGGAUGAAGAGCGCAUGGAAGAGACAAUCAUCCCAUCGGGUGUUCUCUCCCAUGUUGGUCCCGUGGACGUCUGCCGACGAUUGAUGAAGCGACUGCGCAAGAGCGACAAUGCCCAGCGUGGAGAUCUUCGGGUUCACGAUUACGGCUAUGACUGGCGAUUGAGCCCUGAGCUUCUUUCCCGCAGACUCAUCGCCUUCCUGGAGAGUUUACCCUGCAACCAGCCCCAAGAAGGUUCAGAGACCCCCCGUGGAGCGACAGUCAUCGCCCACAGUCUGGGAGGUCUCAUAACCCGACACGCAGUCAACGAACGACCAGACCUCUUCGCAGGUGUCGUCUACGCAGGCGUGCCACAGCACUGCGUGAACAUCCUCGGACCCCUCCGCAACGGUGACGACGUUCUCCUCAGCUCGCGCGUCCUGACAGCCCAAGUGAACUUCACCUUCCGCACCAGCUUUGCCCUCCUCCCAGAAGACGGCCACUGCUUCAUCGACAAGCAAAGCAAAGAAGAAUUCCGCAUCGACUUCUUCAAUGCCAACACCUGGGAGGAACACCGCCUCUCGCCAUGCAUGGGCCCAGCCCUCCCAGUAAACGGUAGCCUUACAAACCGCGGCCUCAAAGACCUGCCUCUAAUCGGCAAGCGCUUCUCCAUGCCCCCGCGCGAUGAUUCCGACGAAUCCCUCGCCCAGGAAUCCAGCAACCUCUCAGACACCCAACAAACCCCCGUCUCAUCAUCAGAAAAAGACACAACAGCCCGCAAUUCUCCUCACCCAUCCGCCUACCACGCGCCCAUCCACUCAAACACAACCCCCACCCCAUCCUCGGUGGCAGCCUACGCAUCGGAAAAGGCCCACGGCGCAGCACACAACGCCCACGGUGUCUCGCACUCCCCAGCAGACGGACUAGUCGGCCCAGUGCAGCACCCCCGCGGCAGCUCAGCAACAACAAAAGCAGCAACAACAAGCACAAUCCCCCGAGCUGCAGCAACGGAAUAUCUCCAACGCACGCUGUUUGAAACAAAGCGCUUUAAAUCAAACCUCGAUUUCCGCCCUGCCCAUCACUCGGAGAACAAGUACCCACCUGCUGCAGUUAUAUACGGUAAAUCCGUACCGACGGUGUACGGUGCGCGGGUCGUCUCCCGCGAGAGUAUCAAGCAGGUUGAUGCGUAUGAUGAUCUUGCCUUUGCGGCGGGUGAUGGUGUUUGUCUUGCUUCGGCUGCUAUGCUCCCGCCUGGCUAUCGGAUUAUCAAGGAUGGGUUGGUUAAGAGCGAUCGUGGGCAUGUUGGGCUGCUUGGAGAUCUUGAAGGUGUUGGGCAGUGUCUCAGGGCUCUGAUCCGGGGACGGAGGGAGGGAGUUGGGCUUGGUGAGAAGGAGUUGUGA